GGAAACUCGAAAGACAGAGUGUGUGUUUGUCCUCUUUCCUUUCGUGCCCUUUUUGACCUUUUUGUAAAACUGUUAGCCAUCAAAACAGGAAUGUAAGGAUAUACAGGUUGUUUGUACAUUUGGGGGAACACCUUGAUAAGUAAAAGGUAGGUAGUUAUAUGGUUCUUCCGAGAAACCAGAUCUAGUGGAAAGAGAAAGCCCACCAGACUGUGCAAAGGAGGUGCGGCCAACACUUGCUGGUUUAUUAUCCGGGUGAGCAUGUACCAGCUUGUUUAAACCUUGGGUGAAAUUCCCUUCAGUUGGAGGUUGCACGAUGAAUUUCAUCUCCCAUUCAAAUUGAGAUGGAUGUUUGGAAAAAGCUUAAAGCAAUGCUGGUCACUGCAGCAUAUUUGAUCAUUCUUCUGAAAUCAGUCAACGGUGCAGGAUUUAUUACGCUACAUGCUCAUGGAAACCAGAUGAUAAACUGCAAAGAGAAGGCCAGCUUACAAUGUAACAUCAGCUCGUCGAUGCUAUUUAACAUCUUAGACAUAAAGUGGGGAAAACGUAACGAAAGUUUUGAAUGUGAUCCAAGAUCCACCAUCCGCACCUCUCCAGCAUUUGAGUGUAACUACACGAUGGGAGCGUUAACAUUAACUAUUUUACAUCCUAAACCGGCAGACAUGGGCAUAUACUUUUGUUGGAUACGAACAGAUGCUGGACAUGAUUUUAAGGAACUUAAUGUGUCUAUAGAAGGAGAAUGCACUGGAGAAUCAUUUCCGAUGGCAGGCCCCGAAAAGCUGCAAUGUACCUUUACUGGCGUUUACCCGGAGGGCACAAUACACUGGUUUCACAAUGAUGAUAAUGUCACUUCUUACUCUAACAUCACAAGCCUGCCCAACACUGAUGGAACAUUUAACAUCACCAGUGUCCUACAGCUCCCACACAAUGAACACGUGUAUAAUUGUUUUCUGAUGUUGCCCAUAAAUGGACAGUACAUUGAAACGCGACAGUUGGCUCUGAGGUCCAGAAUCAACAGACUGCAUUGCUCGUGGACACUUCUUCUUAGUGGACUGAUGUUGAGAAUCUUUCUGCUUCUGUAGUCUUUAUAAAGCCACCUAAGUAUCCCAAACUGGGAACAGAAUCCAGAGAAAAUCCUGCUGAGAUUGAAGUAAAUGGAAGAUAUUUUGAUCAUCAAACAGUGAAUCAGUGAACAUUUGUGUCAUUCAGUGGUUGAACAUUUGCCUGCCUUGCUGAGCCUGAAUCAUGACUAUUUACUAAUACAACUAAUACGGAAAUAAAAGAAUAGAAUGAGGUUUUCCUUAAGAGGGAAACUCUUUGUUUUGCUUUAUUUUUCUUUAGUCUCAUAAGGGAUUUUUUGUCAUUUUUAUCGACUGACACCUUCAAUAUACCAGUGUGUAAAAUUAUUUUAAAAAGAUGAAUGUAAAUACUCCUUUCUAUACAUUUUUGUGGCACAGUACACUGUAUACUAGUUUGUUUUAUAAAAUAGUAAAACAUUAGGAUGUGAAACACUAACGGUAUGAAACGCUAAGGCAUACACGACCUGUUGAGCUGGAAAAAGUGUGAACUUGAAGAAUGCAAUAAAAAAUGAACAUUUUAAUUAUUUAAAUUCUUUGACGGGAAAUGUGAGCUGAGGUUAUUUUAAAGAAUUUAAAAAAAUGAACUAUGUACUGAUAUUUGACAAUGUCAAAUUGAGUUCAGUUGAAUUCUGUGUCGUUGCAGUAAAUGUAUUUUGCGGUUGUUGCGGCAUCAUCAUAUGUGCAAAAAAUGCAACUUGCACGUUUCCAUGAUGUAAAAUGUAAAAUAUAAAAUAUACUAUUUGAUAUGUGUUUGAACACUCAAUACAGCUCUUUGACUGUCAUAGGUCUACCGUUGCUGGGUGUUUUACGCCCCCUGGUGGGGGUUUUCUAAUCACUACUCGCUCUUCGCCCUUAAUACUGCAAUGCUGGGGGUUCGUUUAAUUACGUCUGUUUUGUGUGUGUCCUUCUAUUAAGAAGAUGACCAACUUUAUCCAGUGUCGUCUAGGGAUAUAGGAAAAAGGCAAUUUAACAGUCAUUAACUAGAGAUGUUUCUAUCUAGUGUCAUAAUUGACACAUUGACUCUUUAUUGAGCAGAGGUCAGUCAGAUGUUUUGCAUUGUGGGAGACAAUAUCACACCCAAUGGACUUUGUUGUAUGCUGAACAUUGCACAACUUUAGCAUACUUUGCACAGGCUACAUUGCAUAAUGCUGCAAGGGAAGUACGGCAGUUUUCUAUUCGAAACGACAGACACAAAAUAAUUGAAUGUCCACGUCCCAUUUAUAGAGAUUUUCUGUGUAUUAAAUACCGGUGUAUACAUUUAGACUAAAUGCAUCGUCUGUAUUAGAGUGAGCAUUCGUUCAUUGCCACUUGUGAUCAUUUCUUGUGUGCAGUUCUUUUUAGAUCCACAAGGGGUCCCACCAACACUCCUACGCGUCACCAGCUAAAGGUUCUCAACUGGUUUUGCUUUAGUGACCUUAUUUCAUACUGAACUUCCAGCGGCACCCAACACAAAAUUGAUUCUUACCUGUGUCCGUCCAUCAAUACACAAAAUUAUGAUCAAACACAUCAUUGAAAAUCUUGAAAUCUUGAAAAUUAAAAGGCAUUAAAAAAUGUUAACAAUGUUUUUUUACCACACUGCAUGGUUUUCUUGAGCUGUAAAACAUCCUCUUAACUUAUUAAAUGAAGUUUAAA